AUGGAUUGGGACACUGCUGGCCAUAAAAGGUUGUUAGAACUGAAUGAAAUUAAAGAAUUCAGGGCACAGACAUAUGAAAAUUCUAAACUGUACAAGGAUAAGACCAAGCGUUGGCAUGGUAAUAGAAUUAUGCCAAUGCAAUUUGAACCAGGGCAACAGGUGUUGUUGUUCAACUCUAGGCUCAAAUUGUUCCCUAGUAAAUUAAAAUCUUGCUUGUUAGGUCCCUUAAAAGUUGCUCAAGUAUACCCGCAUGGAGCUGUUAGUAUCAAAGACUUGAAAAAGGGGAUCACAUUCAAAGUAAAUGGACAACGCUUGAAGCACUACUAG